CACCCGAAGAGGGCUUGCAAUCGUUAUAUUAGCUCGCAUUUGAAGAAGAUUGUUUAUCUACCAGUAAUGUUAGGUGGUGGAAAUCGGAAGCUUCCGUCCUUUCCAUAUUGUUACAUUUGUCCUCCAAGUGUCCCAAAGAAAAAUAAGCAGAUCAAUGUGAUCGGAGAUGAUGCACUUGUUACCUGAGAACUAGGCGAAUCUUUGGGCGAUGUUUAUCACAUCAAAUGGACUCUCCGAGUGCUCUGUAUGCUAAAUCUUCUUUGCCGAGCACUCAGUGGAGUGAGUCCUGAGAACAGGAGAGGAUUUUUUCGCCACCGAAGCGAACUGAAGUGAGUUAUGUCCUCUUUCCAAUAUCAGAUAUGCGUUCGUAAAGACAAUUCGCGGAGACUGUGAUAUAUUCGCUUCCCGGGGUUAAAUAUCCACCUUCAGAGAGUGACACAAGGAGGUUAACUCGAAAAGAAAAACGCAAGCACGAUAAAGCUCGAGAUAAAGUUUAUUGAGAACCCUUUGGGAAAGAGAAAUGACCAAUGCUGAUAACUGCACUCCGGAUAAAAAGUGUGCGUGGCCGAUGGGUGAGUGAUGAUCCACGGGAAGCGAACCUGAGACAGCAGGAGCUCAUUGCUCAGGCAAAGGGGGGCCAUUUAUCAGUGUGACUGAGACAGCUUCUCGAGACCACCCUCCCCCCCACCCCCCCACCCCCAACAUCUACCACCCGUGCCAGGACUGUCAGCCGCCACCCGCCGAGACGACACGCCGACCUAGACGCCGGCGGAGACGAGAGCCAGCCCAAAUAAAACCCGGAAAAGCCAGACGCCCCCCGAACCAGCGGUACGCCACGCUGGGCAUGCUGACUUCCUCCCAGAGUCCUCAGUUCAGCAGAGAGUGGAUUAUGGUGCAAUAAACGUCAGCUCCGCUUGCGGUUUUUCAGAGAAGUCGAUCAGAGACGUCGUUUGAGCAGGGACAGGAAGGGGGAAGGGGGCAGCCAUGCGCUGGCUGGCACUGCUGACGCUGCAGGCCGCGUGGGCCGGCCUGUGCCAGGCCAUGCAGCACUACCCCUCCGUCUGGGGCCACUACGACGUCUGCAAGUCGCAGGUCUACACCGACGAGGGCCUGACCUGGGAUUACAUGGCCUGCCAGCCCGAGGCCACCGAUAUGACCAAAUAUUUGAGAGUGACACUCGACCCCCCCAACAUCACCUGUGGUGACCCACCGGAGACGUACUGUGCUUUGGAAAACCCUUACAUGUGCAAUAACGAGUGUGAUGCCAGCACUGAGGAGCUGGCACACCCGCCUGAACUGAUGUUUGACUUUGAAGGCCGGAACCCAACAACAUUCUGGCAGUCAUCUUCCUGGAAGAAGUACCCAAAGCCACUGCAGGUGAACAUCACCCUGUCCUGGAACAAAACCAUAGAGCUGACGGAUGACAUUGUGAUCACAUUCGAGUCCGGCCGCCCGGAGCAGAUGGUCCUGGAGAAGUCACUGGACUACGGGCGGAGCUGGCAGCCGUACCAGUUCUACGCCACCGAUUGCCUGGAUGCCUUCAUCAUGGAGCCCAAGACCGUCCACGAGCUCACGCAGCAGACGCUGCUAGACAUCAUCUGCACCGAGGACUACUCCCGCGGCUACGUCUGGAAAUACGACAAGACUGUGCGCUUUGAGAUCAAGGACCGCUUCGCCCUUUUCGCCGGCCCCCGGCUCCACAACAUGGCAUCACUGUACGGACAGCUAGACACCACCAAGAACCUGAGGGAUUUCUUCACCAUAACCGACCUCAGAAUACGGCUCCUUAGACCAGCCACGGGGGCCACCAUGGUGGACGAGUACAACCUUUCUAGAUACUUCUAUGCCAUAUCGGACAUCAAAGUGCAAGGAAGGUGCAAGUGCAACCUCCACGCCAACAGCUGCGUCUUCGACAAAGAAAAGCUGGCGUGUGAGUGUGAGCACAAUACCACGGGCCCCGACUGCAGCAGAUGUAAGAAAAACUACCAGGGCCGAGCGUGGAGCGUGGGCUCUUACCUGCCCAUCCCCAAGGGAACCGCCAAUAUCUGUAUCCCUAAUUAUCUUGGACCUGUUAUCCGGCCGAAUGUUUCAUCUCUAGGGGUCGCAAACCGAAAUCAAGCCCGUGUGUGCGACAACCUGAUGAUGCGCUGUCAGAACGGGGGCGUGUGUCACAACAACCAGCGGUGCCACUGUACCCCCGGCUUCACCGGGCUGCUGUGCGAGAAGCCCCGGUGCGAGAGCGAGGCCGGGGGCUGCCCCGGCGCCAAAUCGGGCCAGGCCGCCCUCCUCCCGCCGGGACGCGUCGCCCAAUUGCCGCUGCUGAUGACCAUCGCCGCCUCCCUGCUCCUGCGGGCGCUUUGAGGCAACGCGAGGCCCAAGAUGCGGAACUAACGAGAGUCCGUUGCUGAUGACCUACGGCGAACGUGUCAGAAACGGAAUAUGACCUCAAAUAUUCCUGAAAUUAAAAACAGAUGUAUUUAAGAAAAGGAAUAUGACCUUGAUAUUCCUGAAAUUAAAAAACAGAUGUGUUAAAAUAAAUAACUGAGCACUUGCAUCAUAAAUAGCGGAAGCUGAGCACAAGAAUCUUCAAACGUGGGAUCCAGCUCAACGUGAGGACGGCAGCCGUAUGGCGGUAAAUGAAUAAAUAAAUAUAUAAAUGAAUAAAUAAAUAAAUGAAUAAAUAAACAGUAUCAGCUGCAGGCCAUUUUGGGGAUGGGGGGACUUGGGAGCCAGAUCGCUGUUGGUCAGUCUGACACAGCACAACACAGACCUGUCUGGAUCACCUGGGCGAACGCUUAAUGGAAAAGCGGAAACUUUUCUUUGCAGUCAGCGCAUUGUGGUUGAAAGGAUAUCCAUCCCGGGCUGCCUGCGUUGACCUGUCACUGCUUCAUUACGCACCUCUUAAUACCCUACUCCCCUCACCUGUUCCUCCCUUGCCCCGCCCACCACCACCCUUCCCCCUGCCUAACUCUUACCUGUGCUUCUGUGAACGUUCCUCUGUAUACCUUGUUGGUUGAAAGAUUUUUUCGUCUGUUGUCAGUGGCACGUGUUAUAAUCCUUGCCCCAGAAAGCCAGCCAAAUCACCGGUAUUCCUGUCAUAUCUUAAAGGCACCGCAUCCACGACGAUGCUCCUGCUAACCUAAAAAAAGGAAACAUUGAUAUUUAAAGAUACAUGUAUUUAAUUUUUGUACAAAAAAUAUAUUAUUUUCAUGACAAAGCAAAAAAUGAAUGCGUAAAUGGGGGGACUCUGGGGAGUUUUUUGUUUUGUAUUAUUGCCAGUUUGUGUAACAAGGCAACCUUCUGAUAUAUUUAAUCCAGAUUGAGGACAUCAUAUUGAAGAAAUGUUUAAUUUUUGUUCUUAUUUGGCUGUGCAGUUUAUUCCUUAUUGGCAACAUGCUGGCAUCAAAGAAUAUCAGUUUGCAUAUAAACUAAAGUGUAAUAGGAUUCCACCAAAGGACAUUCUAAUUGUUUUCUUGUUGCUUUAACACUGGAAAAUGUAAGUGAAUAAAAGAGGAAAAUAA